AUGGAGCGCCCGCAUAUGCAGACAGUCGAUUCGGCAGAAUCCGGCUCUUCGGGCGAUUUACAAGAGCCAGAACCUCCUGCAGUCGGCAGACAUUCCCAACACCUCUCUUUCUCUCCUCUCGAUCCGCGAGCUUCAUUGGGUAGUGCAGGCUCGAGUGGACGCAGUAGAGGAAGUGCAGAGUCGAGUAAUAGCUAUAACCGAACAGAAACAUCACUUCCUACCAACCAAGCUCUCAGUGCGGCGCCGAGCAGACCGCAGAGGCCCUCCGCUCCAGCUCGAACGCCGUCCAAUACUUACGCCCCCGCGCGCAGGCCCCAACAGCCUUCAUAUAUCUCGGUAUCAGGCCGGAAUCGAUCCGGAUCGUCAGCACGAUUCAGACCCGAUCCAAACGCUUCAUAUCGGACACAGGAGAAGGCAUAUGUGCAGCGAUUACGGCAAGACCAGCCUUCCGAAUAUUUUGAACCCUAUACGCCGAGUGCUGGGUAUGGAACAGGUUCAGAUACCGAGGAUGAGUCACCUUCCGACCUUCAUUUCGACAAUGAUUCCUACGAACAGGAAGCUCUGAUGUUUUACGGCAACGAUGACAUUCAGCCGACGCCAGAGGAUCUUCAGGAUCCAGCAAAUCGGGAACGGCUAGAAUGGCAUAGCAUGCUCGCCACUGUCCUGACUGGAGAUGUCGUGAGGCAGGAAAAGAAACGUUUGAUAGGCGCCUCCAACAAGCAAGAGGAAAAUCUCUAUACCGAAAUAUGGUUGGGAAUUCGUUCCAAGAUAUGCGGGAGGACUCUUGCGGCACAGCGAAAGAUGAUUGAAGACACCCGUGCUACGCUGGAUACCAUGCUGGACCAGAUUGUUAGGUUCCAGGUGCAAGGGGAGAGUGAGGCUGGGAAACCUCCAAUCGAGCAAGUGCGAGACAUUGUCAAGAAGAUCGAAAAGUGCGAAAGUUUCUACCCCUCUCGGAAAGCUCUGGAACUCGCAAACACAAUAGCGGCCUCCCCACAGUAUCAUGCUACCUGCGACGCUGUAAUUUCAUGGCACAAUACUACAGAGCUCAUCAAUACUGAGCUUGGGAUCUUACAGAAGUGGGUCGGCAAUGAAGAAUUGGAUUUCACCCGGGCGAAGGAACGUUCACCAUCCGGCCACGGACUAUCAGAUGAGUCUUCGUUCAUCGAUAGGUUGUUGAAGCAAGAUGGUCUACGAUCCUUACAGGGCGAUAAAAGUAUUCUUCUAGGCGUUGCAAAGGUUAUCAUGAAAGCCAAAAGCACCCUCAUCCAUAAUUUCGAGGCAUUUGCGACGCGUCAUUUACCGCCGUACAUCGAAGAGUUACUGACGCUCAUCAACUUCCCGUCUCGCUUGAUCGAAGAGAUCAUAAACUUUCGUCUUCAGUAUGCUCGGAAGAUGAGAGAUUCGGCGCAGCAAAAUAGUAUGAUGAUCGAGCAGAUGAUACAACAAUUUCAGAUCCUGUUGAAACUCGCAAUCCGAAUAAAGCAGGAGUACUUGGAUAUUUCCCAGCCAGAACCAGGAUGGGAUCUGCCUCCGUGCAUAGACGAAUCCUUCGAUCAGACAGUGCUAGACGCGCUGAAAUUCUAUUUCAAGAUGUUGAAUUGGAAGCUUGGCGGAAACAAAAAUACCUUCAAGGAAGCUGAGGUCCUAGAGCAGGAAUGGGACUUCUCGAAUGAGAUUGGCCGCCACCUUCAAGGUGGAGAUGUCCAGGUUGCGGAGCAAUUUAGCUCGCUGACGCAUAAAGCAUUCUAUCGACUGACCCAAACCUUCGAAAAGGAACUUCAGAGGAAGCCUAAGGAAAGCGCUGCCGAGAUGACAAAACGCUACAAGCAGAGUUUAGACUCCGUCCGUGUUCGUCAGCGGAUGCUGCAGCGCUUCUCAAGGGUUCUGAGUGACCGCUUUGAAAAUGCCACCGACUUUAGCAUUGCCAUGAGACGUGAUAGUCUUCAGCAAUUGUAUUCGAGGCUUAUUGAGACUGGCCAUUUUCUAGUAUACACUGCAAGCAUUGAGCAUGAGGGAAUAUUCCUGAUAGCGUCCCCCUCGCUGUACAAUCGCCCGCAAGAUAUUCAAUCAAUCCUCGGAACGUGUUAUCGCUCAGAGGACAUGGAGGAAGAUCCGACAAACCCAUACAUACUGGUGCUACGUCCAGAGAGCCAAAUGCUAUGGGACGGCCGUCGGGUAGAAGCAAAUAUCAGAGAGCCGUCAAGCGAUGUCAAGAUUGGGCACCUUCGAUUGAUUGCGGAUGGGUCACAAGCACGGUUAGCUGCUGCUCGAGCAGCGUUCUUGAAUUCCAUCGAUAUGCACUUAGACAUGGUGGUCGAACAUAGGUCGAACCUCAAAAAGGUCAACACCAAGCUGACCGAGAUCAAGAAAGUGGUAUACAAACUCUCGAAUCUGAUCAUGGAUAGCGUUGAAAUUGUGCGGAAGCAAACGGAGGGUCUGGAUUGCCAAGAGUUGAUUCAAACCUGCUUCGUCUUCGCAACCGAGUUUGGUCAGAGGUCCUUGCUCUACAUGGAUCGGAACAGAAAGCAGAUGAAUAACAUUAAACUCACCAAACUUGCUUUGGAUUGGGUUAGUUUCGUCUGUGAUGAUUGUGUCGCCACCGAUAGAAAGACCUUCAGGUGGGCUGUGCUUGCUUUGGAAUUUGCAAUGGUUAUGACUCAGGGGCAGCAUAUCCUAGCACUUGGCGAAGAUGAGUAUGCGAGACUCCGUGCCAAAGUUGCAGGUUGCAUGUCUCUCUUGAUUUCUCAUUUUGAUGUCAUGGGGGCCAGGUCAACUCUUGCCGCCCAAGCUGAGAAACAGCGAGUCGAAGCUUUGGCCUCGCAGUUCAGGAAGAUGGACAUGAGCAAAAUGCUGGACGAUGAUGAAUCAUCACGGUACAUUCUCAAUCAAAGGCUCGAGCAACUGGCCGAACUUGAUGAAAUCCGAAAACAAAAAGAAGCAGAGAGACAACCGCUCGGUCGAGUCUUGGAAGAGUCAAGCGAGGCGGAUCGAUCGCUUACCUACCUCUCCUCUUCCGCAUCUAACGUGAACAUGCGGUGGCAGCAAGGUCAAUUCGUCGGCGGUGGCACUUUCGGGACAGUUUACGCUGCUAUUGAUCUGGAUUCCGGACACCUGAUGGCUGUUAAAGAGAUUCGCUUACAAGAUCCUAGCCUUAUUCCUACCAUCGCUGGGCAGAUUAGGGACGAGAUGAACGUGCUCGAGUUCCUGGACCAUCCGAAUGUUGUGUCAUAUCAUGGUAUUGAAGUCCAUCGGGACAAGGUCUACAUCUUCAUGGAGUUCUGUUCUGGUGGGUCCUUGGCUGGUCUCUUAGAGCAUGGACGCAUUGAGGACGAGCAAGUCAUCAUGGUAUACGCGUUGCAGCUACUUGAGGGACUUGCGUACCUGCAUGAAAGUGGCAUUGUGCAUCGCGAUAUCAAGCCAGAAAACAUUCUCCUCAACCACAACGGCGUGAUAAAAUAUGUCGACUUCGGCGCCGCCAAAGUUAUUGCUCGUCAAGGCAAAACGCUUGUUGCUGGCGAUUCAAAAGCUAUGGGGAAGCCCAACAAGUCCAUGACCGGAACCCCGAUGUAUAUGUCGCCCGAAGUCAUCAAGGGCGAGAAUCCAGGAAAAGCCGGGGCUGUCGAUAUAUGGUCCCUUGGUUGUGUCAUUCUCGAAAUGGCGAUAGGUCGCCGACCCUGGGCCUCUCUCGAUAAUGAAUGGGCCAUCAUGUAUAACAUAGCUCAAGGAAAUCCUCCGCAGCUACCGUCGUCCGACCAGCUGAGCGCACAGGGUAUCGACUUCUUGAAGAAGUGCUUUAUCCGGGAUCCGAGACAACGUGCUACAGCAGCGGAACUCCUCCAACACGAGUGGAUUAUGGCCAUCAAAUCCCAGAUUUCCAUUGAGCCAACAACUCCUAGUGAUACUGGGUCUACUCAUUCCAGAAGCAGCCUUGGAUGA